AUGACCUCUCGUGGGAGGGCCAACGUGGUGGAGCACGGUCAAAGCUCCAAGAAAGCUAAGAAGAGCAAGCAGAAGCUGGGCCCGAAAGGUGGCAUUACCAAUGUCAAGCUCCAAGGGAAAUGCUACAAUUGUGGCAAGCAUGGCCACAAGUCUGCUGGUGCAAGGCUCCAAAGAAGAAGAACAAGGGUUCUUAAGCCAACAUGGUAUUUAUGUUGCAACCGGGAGAUGUUCAGCACCUUUGAGACCGUUGAGGGCGAGAAGGCCUGGAUGGGAAACUCUAAUCAGUCUGCUGUGGAGGCUGUGGGCAAAGUGAUCCUGAAGAUGACUUCCGGGAAGGAACUAACGUUGAACAACGUGCUGUAUGUUCCGGACCUAAGGAAGAAUGUGGUGUCUGGCUCGUUGCUGAACAAGCAUGGCUUCAAGAUGGUCUUUGAGUAA